AUUUGUUUUACAGUUCCUUGCUGUAGAUAGAUUGAAAAUUGAAGUUCGCCAUCAAUACUUAAAGUCUAUAGGCUCGGGAUUUGCAUUUGGCGUAACCUUAUAGAUUUUUUUUAAACAAAUGCUCGUGUAUACUACCUUUAUUUGAUUGACUACCUCGUUCCACAUCAGUUUUAUUGUGUCAAUAUUUUCACCAUUUAGAAGUCUCCCACUCUGAAACACAUAAAUGUUUAGUCGCGUACCUUUAGCUGAUGAUUUUAACCAUCUCGCGCUUUGUGCUCGUGCAACUUUAUCUCACCAGGCUGAAAAAAAGAUUCACUCAAUUCUGAAUUGUGGACAACUUUCAUUCAGGAGUAAUUUAGGUAACUCUAAGGAUGAAAUUAUGCAUAUACAGCAGAUUGUUACCAGUAAUAAUGGCAACAUUAAUCCUAGUAUAAUACCUACUAAUAGUGGAAAUAAUACCAUUACUGCUACUACUACUACUUCCAACAAUAAUGUCCAAUCAAAUCGAUGUGUAACUGUACGUCAUUCAACUAAUUCUAAUGAACGUGUAAAACGUCAUCAUUGUACAGAUUGUUCAAAAUCAUUUCAUCGUGCCAGUGAUCUAGUUAAACAUCGUCGUACCCAUACAGGCGAAAAACCAUUUGCUUGUAUGCAAUGUGGUCGAGCGUUUGCCGAUUCAAGUAGUUUAUCUGCGCAUAAACGAAUACACACUGGAGAACGUCCAUACCAUUGUUGUGAUUGUGGCAAAAGUUUUUCCGUAUCAAGUAGUCUGGUAAAACAUAGACGAAUACAUACCGGUGAAAGACCGUAUCGUUGUGAAUUUUGCGGCAGAUCAUUUUCCGAUAACAGUAGUUAUAGCGCACAUAAAAAACGUAGUCAGCGGUGUACACCUAUUACCAGUAAUAAUAACAACAAUACAUUUAGUCUUGUUGGUAAUGUAGGAGAUUGUGAAAAAACAAAGUGUGAGGGUUGUGCUUUUCUCGAUCCACAUACACAAGCAGUUAUACAUCCUGCAGCGGCGGCAGCAGCUGCCGCUGUAUCUGUUGAACACUUUUUAACGAAUUCAAAUAUUGGUAUGUCUAAAAUAAAUGGUGGUGAAUUUUGUCCAACUUCUUUAAAUUUAACAUUUCCUAAUCCACCAAAUACAAAUACUAUGCCAGCUACAGCAUUAACAUGAAUUACAUUAAAAAUUGUUGCAUUUGACAUAAUAAUGUAUAAAUAUGAUUUUAGUAGUACAUAUAUAAUGUUUACUUUUACCUUACUGAACCUAUUAGAAAUGGACACUUUUAAUUCACUACGACAAUCAUCUGUGUUUUAAAUUUCCAGUAAUAUCAACAUAUAAGUAUUACCAGAACUAAUACAUUUGCUCAUUUUUUCGCGAUACACUCAUUUCAUUUUUCGUAAUUUACUCAUCCUUUCAAACUGUGUCCACAUGUUUUUGCUCUUUGUGGGAAAUUAUAAAAAAAAAUUAUUGUGUGAGUGAUGAAUAUGUUGUUUGAACCUAAAUAUACUACUUACAAAUAAGCAUGUGUAUUUGCAAGUUGGUUUUCAUGUCACUUUCAUUGUUUAUUAGAAUAUUAUUGCAGUUUUUCUUUGUUACGAUUGUAUAUCACCAAACAUUAUUCUGGUGUGUAUACAUCCUGUUGUGUUUCUGAUUUUUGAUUUCUACAAGUUCUUAUGCAUAAAUAUUUAUAUGUUGCAUAAGUAUUAUUUCAAAUAUCACUUAUUGUUUUAUCAGUUAA